GCAACAUGACCACAACGACCUCCCCUGAAGGUAACACGACCACAACGACCUCUCCUGAAAGCAACGCGACCACAACGACCUCUCCUGAAGGCAACAUGGCCACAACGACAUCCCCUGAAGGCAACACGACCACAACGACCUCCUCUGAAGUCAAUACGACCUCUCCAGAAGGCAACACGACCACGACGACCACUCCUGAAGGUAACAUGACUACAACGACCUAUCCUGAAGACAAUACGACCUCCCCAGAAGGCAACAAGACCACGACAAACUACUCUGAAGGCAACAUGGCCACAACGACCUCCCCAGAAGGCAACACGACCUCUCCUGAAGGCAACACGACCUCUCCUGAAGGCAACACGAACUCCACGACCUAUCCUGAAGGCAAUUCGACUACUACGGCCUUUCCUACAGGUAACUUAGCCACAGUGAGCUCUCCUGAAGGUGACACGGCUAUAACGACCUUAACUGAAGGCAGCACAAGCAGAAUGACUGCCCCUGGACAAAUGGCCUCUCUUGAAGGAAACACAAAAAGUAAGGUCCUUAUAACCUCUCCUAAUAUCGCCACGACACCGAUGACCAGCAACAGCAGCACCACAGCCUCGGCCUUUCUUGAAAAUAAUCCUUCCUUCACAUCUCUCCCGAUCCUGGCCAAUCACAGUAAAUAUAUCACGUCGACCUCUGGUAACUAUGCCCUUGGAGCAGCGACCCCAUCUUUCAGUGGUAACGCCUCCCCAGCACUUCAUCAUGGCUCUCAGGAUAAAAAAGUGUCUGGUGACAGACACUUAACUACGCCCUUCUCCUCUGGGAUCCCCGAUGGAACUGUGGACGAGGAGGCUGUGCUUAAUGGUGAAGAGUCACUUGUUUUUACGAAUUCUCACAUGCCUUACGUAACUGAAUCAUACAGGGUUACCACGAGUGCAGCUGAUGUAGCAACUGAAAAUACAGCCAGUUCCCAAAAUCCUCAGCUACAAAUUCCUGUUUUAAAGAAAUUUUCCAAAUCAAAAAGGAACAGAAACAAAGAAAAUAUACGUUUUCGACGAGCGGUGAGGGAAGUGCCAUUUGCCAGUAUUACUGAUAAAAGCAUGUUACAUGAUGUGUAUGCUACACAUAAUUCAUUAAACAUGCAACGCAAACAGCACAGAUUGAUCCCUAGUAAAAUUCUUUACCCCUCAAAGAAAGAGCCAUUUUCUCAAAGAGAUUGGAACACCACUGAAAGUCCUGUGGAUUCAGCAGACGAUCAUAUUCGUGGUCUGGUACACAUCCUACAAGUACUCACUACUGAUCUUCAAGAUGCCGUGAGAGAGGAUGCAGGUUCAUCCGAUUUUCUAGCUCUCAUGAACGAUGAAGCACAACUUAGGACUCUAACGGCAACAAUAGAGAAAUCAAACACCCUUAUCAGCAUAGAGGAAAAGGACCAUCUCUCCCGACUGACCAAUUUCACUCGCAUGUCGCUCAGCAUGGCCCAGGAAAUCGUCCAGCUGCGACUGUCUACCAUCGCAGAGACUGGUAAUAUGCGCGUGGUCCUGGGUAUUACAGUGAUUGGCUGCAUCCUUCUAGUCAUGAUACUAGUGUGGACGUGCUACAGACACAGAAGGGCAUCAAGCAACCCAGACUUACGGGAUAACCUCUCCUCAGAGCGAAAUUUUGCAUCUCCAGCGACUUACAGCCUCUCCCGUCCUCUGUCGCAAUCUUCCAUAAUCCAUCCGAGUAGCAGAGACUCUGCUGAAGUUCCUCAACCAGAUUACGCAACGUCAGCUACCCCAGGCGGAGCAGAGCAUGAGAGAAGGGAUGACGCGAUGCCUCUCCACCACUACCCCAGUGGAAGACCAACCGAACGACCUAUAUAAUUAUGUUGUCUUAUUAUUCAGUAAUGUUAUUAUUUUAUAUGAACUUUAUUAUGAAUGUGCUUAUUUUAGUAAAUAAAUAGUUUUAAGUUAA